CAUACACUCACAACCUUGAACAGCAUACAGAGAUGGCAUUGACGGGCGCAGCACCCUCAUCGCUGCCAAAGAAGAGCAAGAAGAACACAACAAAGCCUUCGGCCUCAACAGCAGCAGCUUCGCCGUCAACCGUCUUUGCAAAUCGCCUCGCCGCUCUCCAGCAGUCGCUCUCAACGUCGACGGAUCUCAACCCUCUCGCCGACCUAGUCAACCUCGUUCAAACCCAUGCCGACGACCUCAACUCAAGCGCCAUCAUCCCAGCCCUGACUCUCAUCGUACGCACCUUCACGCAUCUGAUUGAGCGCAAAUCUCUCCAGCCAUGGCCGGCAGUCCGCGCGACAGGAUACCUCGCCAUCGACGACAAGCCAGCGCAAGACCAAGUCGUCCACUCGUGGCUCAAGGAGCGAUUCAAUGAGGCACUGAAACUGCUUUCUGGUCUUAUUGCCACUCACUCGAAGGACAAGACCCGCAACGCUGCCCUCAAUGCCCUCAUGGAGCUGCAGCGCGCCACAACAGAGGCAGGAGCGGCAGCUACUACUGGUGGGGCGGCUUGGAGUGAAUGCCCGUGGAGACUCAUCGUGGGCACUGUACUCUCAGAGUCAGUCUCGGACGAGCUGCGUGCCAUGUUCGUGCAGGACUGGGUAGAGAAGUACGCCGAUGUGAAGCUGGCGUUCUUGCGAUCCCUCAACACCGUCCUUUCGGCUCCUACAUCUUCUGGAGCGGCGCCGCCUCGAUCUGCUGCUCUGUCGAUCCUUGUCGCCAUGAGCAACCCGCCGGCAAAGAAGGUGGAGAUCAAGUCGAGCGACUUCUUUGUCAAGGUCUUCUCAACAGCGCCUGAGGCGUCCUCGUCGACUGGAGGCAAGGCGAGUGGGCCCAAGGGAAAGGGAUCCAAGGCGGCCGCCAAGAAGCGCAAGAUCACUCAGGAUGGGGACAGCGCUUCUGGAUCCGACGAUGAAGAUGACGAUGAUGGUGUCAUUUACUUCUCUGACUCAGGUGAAGAGGACGAGACGAACACGGUGCCCAGCCGACUCGAUGGUGCGCACAGCAAGGGUGACGGAUCUUCGCGCAAGCGUCGGCGUGGCGGUAUGGCCUCGAUGCCCUUCCACCAAGCCCUCUACGAGCUCAAAGCCUGGCGCGCAUCGACCGAAGCCGUCUGGCUGACCCUCAUCCUACAGGCCUCCCCAAAGUCAUCGUCUGUGGACGCGCAAAGCUCGGCCACUGGCCUGUCGUUGGGUCAAAUCAACACUAUUCUCCGCAUAAUGGAGAAGCGCGUCCUUCCUUACCUCUCCCGUCCGCAGCUGAUAGCGGACUACCUGCUGGAUUGCCUCGACGUCGGCGGACCGACGGCUCUUUUGUCCCUGUCUCCGCUCUACUCGCUCUACAUCAGCGCCUCCCUCUCCCUUCCCACCCUCUACACCACGCUGUAUGGCCUGCUCACCCCUUCGCUGCUGCACAGCCCGCAUCGCUCCCACUCGCUGCGGAUGCUCAGCCUUUUCCUCUCCAGUGAGAAGUUAAGCCUCGCAACUGUGGCUGCCUUUGUCAAGCGGCUGGCUAGGUGUGCACUGAGAGGCCCGCCCGGUGGUGUCAUCCCAGUGGUGGUGAUGACGUACAAUCUUCUCAAGAACCACAGAGAGGGGAUGGCGUUGCUCCAUCGUGAGAUGUCGGAUGAUGAGGUCCCGGAGGGUGGGUGGAAGGAUCCCUACGAGGAGGACGACCCGUCCUGCCCGCCCUCGGCGAGCAGGGCAGUGGACUCGUCCCUCUUCGAAUUUGUGUCACUGGGAGCACAGCCGACCGAGCCGACCGCCUCUACGUCCACGUCUCAGGGCAGCAGAGAGUUGGAGUCGCAUUACCACUCCCCCACCUCUACGCUUGUCCGCAUGUUGGCUCAACCGUUCACAAAGACAGGGUACGAUCUGGAAGAGUUCCUCGACCACUCCUAUGCCACGUUGCUUAGCACCGAAGUGAAGCGCACGCUCGACGAGAGCGAAGCUGCAACCAAGAGGAGGAACAAAGCUCCAGCUCCAGCGGUAAGGCACAGUGUGCCGGGCAGCUCAACAAGGACCGGUCCUGAUGGCAAGAAGAAGACUAAGAUGCCCAGGGUCUUUCCUCGUACGGUAGGCGGGAAUGCGGGAAUUGCGGGGAAGGUGGCGGAGGUGGUUGGCGCUGAGACCGGUACGGCCCGGCUCGGUGCCGGCGCAUACGGUGCCGCUGGUGAUGGUGAUGCGACAAUGCUCGAUCCCUCACUUGCACAAGCACAGCCCGACGACGACGAUGCGGAGCCCCACGAAGCUGCUGCCUCCGACGACGACGAAGAAGAAGAAGACGACAGUGUCAAUGAGGACAAUCUAGACGAUGAGGAGCGGGAGGCACGCGAAGCUAUGCGGGAGGUCAAACGCGAGGAGAGGCGACGUCUCGCACGGGAGGCUGAGCUUGCGAGGAAGAGGAAGGACGAGGAGGGGAGACUCAGGAGGGAGAUGGACACUAUGGGGUUGGGGGUGUUCUGA